AUGGGGUGCGGGGGUUCCCGCGGGCUGUGUCCUUGCGUGCGCGCCAAGGGCCUGAGCGCCGCGCCGGACAGCGACUCUGACGCCAGCGACGCCAGCUCCGCCAAAAGCGCCCUCCACCAGCAGCCGCAGCAGCAGGGUGGGGGUGGCGCCUGUCCGCCCGCCAGCGGACUGCUCGCCGCGCUGUUCCGCUGCCGCAAGGCGCGCAAGAGCGAGUUCAGCAUGCCCAAGGUCGAGAGGACUAUGAAGGCGGCGAUCCUGAUCCAGCGCUGGUACCGCCGCUACCUGGCGCGCAUGGAGGUCCGCCGCCGCUACACGUGGACCAUCUUUCAGAGCAUCGAGUACGCUGGUGAGCAGGACCAGGUGAAGCUGUACAACUUCUUCAACGCGCUGCUGACACACAUGCCGGACCCGACAGUGCCACGACCGGUGGGGACGGAGGUCGCCAAGAGUCCCACCUCAGGGUCGGCGGGCGCGCAGCCAGCGGACGACGAGUCCAGCGACGGAGGACUCAGCCCGGUGGACAGCACCUACAAGGGCAUCCACGUCGGCUCGCCGCUCUCCAGGGCAGACCUCGACAACCUCAUCGACUGCUUCCGGAAAAAGAAGCAGCCGCACCGCCUGCACGCGCGCUACGUGGCCAGCAUCCUGCGGGAGGCCGCCGCCGCACUCAAGCGGCUGCCCAACCUCAACCAGGCCUCCACCUCCGUCAGCAAGCAGGUCACCAUCUGCGGCGACCUGCACGGCAAGCUCGAGGACCUGCUCGUCAUCUUCCACAAGAACGGGCUGCCAUCCACAGAGAACCCGUACGUCUUCAAUGGUGACUUCGUGGACCGCGGGAAGAAGGGCCUAGAGGUGCUACUGCUAUUGCUGGCCUGUCUGCUCGUGUUCCCCGGCGGAGUCUUCCUCAACAGGGGCAACCAUGAGGACCACAUCAUGAACACGAGAUAUGGGUUCAUCAGAGAAGUGAGACUGAAGUAUCGGCAAAACGCAGACCGGCUUCUAAAGCUGAUCGAGGUGGUGUACCGGUCUCUGCCGCUGGGCACAGUCGUCAACAACAAGGUGCUGGUAGUACACGGCGGCAUCUCCGACAUCACCGACCUGGAGUGGGUGCGCUCUCUGGACAGGCACAAGUACGUGUCUCUGCUGCGGCCGCCCGUCACGGACAGCCAGGCACCUGGGGCGGAGCUCAUCGACAAGAUGGAGUGGAAGCAGGUGUUCGACAUCCUGUGGAGCGACCCGCAGCCGGCGGAGGGCUGCGUGCCCAACUCGCUGCGCGGCGCCGGCACCUACUUCGGCCCCGACGUCACGGACAAGUUCCUGCAGAAGCACAAGCUGCAGUUCAUCGUGCGCUCGCACGAGUGCAAACCCGGCGGCUACGAGCUCACGCACGGCAACAAGGUGAUCACCAUCUUCUCGGCGUCCAACUACUACGAGCUGGGCUCGAACAAGGGCGCCUACCUGAAGCUGGUGGGCAGCGAGCUGUCGCAGCACUUCGUGCAGUUCACGACGGCCACGUCGCGCGCCAAGCGGCUCACCUUCCGGCAGCGCGUCGGACUCGUCGAGAGCUCCGCCAUCCGGGAGCUCAGCACGCAGAUACUGGCCUGCCGGGACUCGCUGCUCGCAGAGUUCCGAACUCACGACCCCGGCGACACAGGCUUUAUCACGGUGAGCGAGUGGUGCGCCGCCAUGGAGGUCAAGACGGGUCUGACUCUGCCGUGGCGCAUGCUGAAGGACAAGUUGGUCAGCAUGGACCCGGCUUCCGGCCGCGUGCAGUACGUCACCACCUUCCAGGAGCAUCUACCAGGCCGCAGAGCCGUCACCGAGACAACGGUGGCUGAAACGCUGUAUAGAAACAAAUCAAGCUUGGAAGCCAUCUUCAGGAUAAUAGACAAAGACAAUUCAGGUUACAUAUCGACGGAGGAGUUCUCAGACGCGUGUUCACUGCUGAGCGAACACCUGCAGAACCCCAUCUCGUCCGAGCAACUGCUCGACAUCUGCCGCUCCAUGGACAUCAAUAAGGACGGCCUGGUCGACCUGAACGAGUUCCUCGAGACCUUCCGGCUGGUGGACAUGGACCGCGACGAGGGCGACGACGACGAGUACGAGUCCCCAGAGGAGAGCACCCCGCGCGCAGAGUGAACACAGAACACAGCGACACCACUGGCGACAGCCAGCCGCGGCGCUCUCUGAUCAGGUGUAAGAACGCGUCAAGGGGACAGUGCGACCGUGGUAUCUCGCAACGGCGUCGGACAUCUGUGCCGAACGAUGUGGCUAUAAACCACAGCAAAGUG